UUUCGACUCAACCCACCCCGUUCCGGACCAAACGGCAGUAGAAGUGUCGCGCGCGUGCAGCCGGGCUGGUGCGGUCGUGGUGACGACCCGAUCGCGAGCGGGCGUCGCAGAUUAAUCCCCAUUUUUCUAAUUGCGUUACAUGACGCCCGGCUGGCUUCGCCUGGCCGUGGGCUGUGGCUCCCCUCGCCCCCCCACCACCUCGUCUCUCUCCUCCUGUCGUGCCCGCGGUCGCGUCCCCUUCACCACCACCCCACCCGCCUCCGCGUCGCUUGUGCUGCUGCCACCGCCGUGAGCCUCCACCACGGGCGCCACGCGUUCCCGGGGGCGGAUCGCGCUGCCGCAAAGGCGAUCGGCGAGUGACCCAGGGGAGGAGAUCGCCCGUCGGCGCCGCAGCUGCCGCCGCAGACCGAGCCGCGUUUCCUCCCGUCCGGUUCCAUCGCAGCUCCUGUCUGGGCCAGUCCGUUGAGGCAGGGCGGGGCGGCUCGAUCGCCCGCAGAUGAAUCAUGGCUUCAAUGUUAAACAUUGUCAUAGGUUCUCAUGUAUGGGUGGAAGAUAAAGACUUGUCCUGGGUUGAUGGUGAGGUAUUCCGAAUUGAUGGUCAAAAUGCCCAUGUUCACACAACCAAGGGGAAGACGGUCAUUGCAAAUAUCUCAAAUAUUCAUCCUAAAGACACAGAAGCACCACCUGAUGGGGUGGAUGACAUGACAAGGUUAUCAUACUUGCAUGAGCCUGGUGUUUUAGAUAACCUGGCUGUCAGAUAUGCGAAAAAUAUCAUUUAUACCUACACUGGUAACAUUCUGAUUGCAAUAAAUCCAUUCCAAAGGCUACCUAGUCUGGUUGAUGCCCUUACUAUGGAAAAAUACAAAGGUGCAAAUCUUGGUGACCUAGAUCCUCAUGUAUUUGCAAUAGCUGACGCCGCUUACAGGCAAAUGAUAAAUGAAGGAAAGAGUAACUCCGUUUUGGUCAGUGGUGAAAGUGGUGCUGGUAAGACUGAAACUACGAAAUUGUUGAUGAGAUAUCUUGCAUUUCUGGGUGGGCGAUCCGGAACAGGAGAGAGGACAGUUGAACAACAAGUUUUAGAAUCUAAUCCAGUCCUUGAAGCCUUUGGGAAUGCAAAAACUGUUCGGAACAACAACUCAAGUCGAUUUGGUAAAUUUGUUGAAAUCCAGUUUGACAAGAGUGGUAAGAUAUCUGGUGCUGCCAUUAGAACUUACUUGCUUGAGAGAUCUCGGGUUUGCCAAAUUAAUAGUCCAGAGAGGAACUACCAUUGCUUUUACUUCCUAUGUGCAGCUCCAUCGGAGGAUCUUAAGAAGUAUAAGCUCGGGGACCCAUCGUCCUUUCACUAUCUCAACCAGUCAGCUUGCAUUCAAGUUGAUGGAAUCAAUGACGCUGAGGAGUACCUUGCAACAAGAAAUGCAAUGGAUACUGUUGGAAUCACUGAUCAAGAACAGGAAGCUAUAUUCCGUGUUGUUGCUGCUGUGCUUCAUCUUGGAAACAUAAAUUUUGCAAAAGGGAGAGAGGUAGAUUCAUCCAUAAUAAAGGAUGACAAAUCUAGAUUCCAUCUUAAGACAGCAGGAGAGCUCUUGAUGUGUGAUUGUGAGAAGUUAGAGAAUGCCUUGAUAAAAAGGGAAAUUAAUACACCCGAAGGAGUGAUUACCACAACAGUUGGUCCAAAUUCUGCUACUAUUAGCCGGGAUGGUUUAGCAAAGCAGAUAUACUCUCGAUUAUUUGAGUGGCUUGUAAACAGAAUAAAUGCAUCAAUAGGACAAGACCCAGACUCUAACAAACUGAUUGGAGUACUUGAUAUAUAUGGUUUUGAAAGUUUUAAAACCAACAGUUUUGAACAACUGUGCAUCAAUUUUACCAAUGAAAAACUCCAGCAACAUUUUAAUCAGAAUGUCUUCAAAAUGGAACAAGAGGAAUACACAAGGGAGCAAAUUAAUUGGAGUUACAUAGAGUUUGUUGACAAUCAAGAUGUACUUGACCUGAUUGAAAAGAAACCAGGUGGCAUUAUUGCACUUCUUGAUGAAGCCUGCAUGUUUCCAAAGUCCACACACGAGACAUUGUCUCAGAAGCUGUAUGAAAAGUUCAAGACCCACAAAAGAUUUACCAAACCAAAGCUUUCUCGUACUGCAUUUACAAUUCAACAUUAUGCUGGGGAUGUAACAUAUCAAUCUGAUCAAUUCCUGGACAAGAACAAGGACUACGUGGUUGCAGAGCAUCAAGAAUUACUUAAUGGUUCUAAGUGCUCUUUUGUAUCAGGAUUAUUUCCACCAGCAACAGAAGAGAACACAAAAUCAUCAAAAUCAUCAAUUGCAACUCGCUUUAAGAUGCAACUUCACGAGCUCAUGGAGACUUUAAGCUCUACAGAGCCACAUUAUAUUAGAUGUAUAAAACCAAAUAGUGUCCUUAAGCCUGGCAUUUUUGAGAAUACCAAUGUUCUACAGCAGCUUCGAUGCUCUGGUGUUCUUGAAGCCAUUAGAAUCAGCUGUGCUGGUUAUCCCACAAGGAAACAAUUUCAUGAUUUUCUACAUCGCUUUUGUGUUCUUGCUCCUGAAAUUUUGAAAGAGAAAAAUGAUGAAAAAGUCUCAUGUCAAAAGAUUUUGGACAAAAUGGGACUACAGGGUUAUCAGAUAGGAAGAACUAAGGUGUUCCUGAGGGCUGGUCAAAUGGCUGAACUGGAUGGCAGAAGAACAGAGAUGCGAAACAGUGCAGCAAGAGGCCUUCAGAGUCAAUUUCGUACUCAUGUUGCUCGUGAGCAAUUCCUAGUACUACGGGACACAUCUAUUUGUUUACAAUCUUUCGUUAGAGCAAGAUUGGCUUGUAAGCAACAUGAGUUGCUGAGACAACAAACAGCAGUUUUGAGAAUUCAGAAAAACGCCCGAUGGUAUUUUGCCUGGAAAACUUAUUACCAAAUGCGGUUGUCAGCCAUUACAUUGCAGGCCGGGCUAAGGGCCAUGGCAGCUCGUAAUGAAUUCACCUUUAGAAAGAGAAAUAAAGCUUCAGUCCAUAUCCAGUCCCAGUGGCGAUGCCACAGAGAUUACUCAAAUUUUAUGAAAUUGAAGAGAGCUGCACUAACAUAUCAGUGUGCUUGGCGAAGAAGUGUUGCUAGGAAGGAGCUGAGGAAGCUCAAAAUGGCUGCAAGAGAUACACAAGCUCUAAAGGUGGCCAAAGAGAAACUUGAGGAAUAUGUGGAAGAGCUAAAAAGUUGCCUAGGCCGAGAGAAGAAACUGAGGGCUGAUUUUGAGAAGUCCAAAGCAGAAGAAGUUUCCAAAUUGAAAGAAGCUCUUUAUGAGAUGGAGCAGCAGGUAGAAGAAGUCAAAGCGAUGCAGGAACAGGAAUCAGCAAAAAAGGCUGUUGAAGAAGCUCUAACUCAAGAAAGAGAAAAGAUCAGUUUAUUGACUACUGAAAUCGAGGGCCUAAAUGCCCUGCUAGUAGCUGAACGAGAGGAGAAUGAUGUAAUGAAGAAAGUGCAUGCUAAUGCUCUAGAAACAAAUGAAGAGUUAAAUAAGAAAAUCAGUGAUGCGGAUGAAAAGAUCAAACAAUUUAGUGAUACUGUACAGAGACUAGAAGGGACUGUAAGUGAAUAUGAGGCCCUUUUGCUAACAGAAAGACAACAAAAUGAAGCAGCUAAUGCUGCAGUUGCUGAAUCUCAAGCAAGAAGUGAAGCAUUGGUAAGCAAGCUCGAAGAUGCUGUGAAACAAAAUGAUCUCCUCCAUGAAGCUGCUCAAAGAUUUGAAGAAGCUACAAAAAAUUUGGAAUCUUCACUAACAUUUGAGAAGCAACGGCAUCAGGCAAAUUUGAUAGAAUUAGAUGAAGCGCGAGAAAAGAUUGAAGAACUUCAAAGAGAAGUUGGGGACACUGAUGAAAAAUCCACCCUGCUUCAGACUAGUAUACAAAGCCUUGAAGAAAGGUUAGGAGAGAAGGAUGCUCUAUUGACAACAGAAAGGCUAGAAAGUGAAGCAACUAAGAAAUCGCUCAAUGAAUCUGAGGAUAGAAACAAGGACUUACUAAUGAAAAUUGAAGUUGCUGAGAAAGACAUUGCUCACUUCCAAGAAACUGUCCAAAGAAAUGAAGAAAAUAUGGCAGCACUGGAAACUUCGUUGAGAUCUGAAAGGCAGCAAAAGGAUGCAAUCAUGAAACAACUAGCUGAAUCUCAGGGUGAAAUAGGAGAGCUGCAAAGGAAGCUUGAAGAUGCUGAUGCCAGAAAUGGGCUUCUUCAAGAUUCUUUGCAGAGACUCGAAGAAAGUACAGCAGAUAAAGAUUCUUUAUUGGCUACAGAAAGACAUGAAAACAGUGAAACCAAGAAGGAAUUAGCUGGUUCUCAGAAAAAGAUUGCGGAAUUGCUAACUGAAGUGCAAGAUACCGGUGCAUAUAUUGCAGAACUUGAGGGCUCGGUUAGGAGACUCGAAGGAAACUUGACAGUAACUGAAGCUUCAUUGCUAACUGAAAAGGAACAGAAUGCUUCCACCUUAAAAUUACUUACAGAAGCACAAUUGAGAAUCGAAGAAUUAAUAAAAAAGCUUGAAGGUUCAAAUAGAAAAUCUGAUAGUCUUCUGGAUACAAUAACAAGACUUGAACAAGAUGUCUCUGCCAAAGAGGUCUUAUUGCUUACAGAAAAGCAGGCACACGAGGCAACAAGGAAGACUCUCACUGAAGUUCAGGAAAAAAGUGAAGAACUUCUGAAGAAAAUUCAUGAUAAUGAUAAACAUAUUCUUCAGCUUCAGUUUACUAUACAGAGGCUUGAGGAAACCACAGUUGCAAAUGAGAAUUUGCUGUUGAGGGAGAGGGAGCAGAAUGACACAACAACAAAAGCGCACAAUGAAAGUCAAGAAAAAUAUGAAGAAUUACUAAAGAAAUUUAUUGAUGUUGACAGGAAAAUCGACCUUCUUCAAGGUACCAUAGAAAGGCUUGGAGAAAAUACAACAGCAAAGGAUUCUCUGUUGCUAUCAGAGAGACAUGAAAAGGCUGCUAUUAAGAAAGCACUUACUGAGGCUGAAGAGAAAAAUGAAGAGUUACUGAUGAAAGUUGAAGAUGCUAAUGAAAAAAUAGGACACCUUCAAACUAAGAUAAAUAUGCUUGAAGAUAAUGUAGCCGCAAAAGAUGUUUCUUUAGAAGCUGCAAUCAAGGAAAAUGACGCAACCAGGAAAUCUCUUACUGAAGCUCAAGAGAGAAAUGGUGAAUUACUCAAGAAAAUCAGUGACAGUGACUACAGGAUCCAUUUACUUCAAGACACGGUACAAAAGCUUCAAGUAGAUGCAAUAUCAAGGUUGUCGUCUUUUGUAAUGGAAAAACAAGAAAGUGAUAUUGCAAAGAGAGCCGUUACUGAAGCUCAUGAAAGAAAUGAAGAUUUACUAAAGAGAAAUGAGGACCUCCUCAAGAGGAAUGAUGAUUUGAUUAAGAAAAUUGAAGACUCUAGUAAAAUUGUCACUCAACUUCAGGAAGCUCUACAAAGACUUGAAGGAAAAGCAUCCAACUUAGAGGUUGAGAACCAAGUUCUUCGUCAACAUGCAACUUCAACUCCACCGUCUACUGCUAAAUCUCCAGCUUCACGCUCAAAGAUCUCAAGGAUCCAUAGAAGUCCAGAGAAUGGCCAUAUUUUGAAUGGUGACAUUAGGCAAACUGAAAUGAAGCCCUCAACUGGCACAUCAGCAGCAAUUACCUCAGUAGCUAAUGUUCCUGACUUGGGCGACCAAAAGGAGUUUGAACAUGGAGAAAAACUGCAAAGAAUACCAAAACAGAAAUAUCAGCCUUCCCAUAACCAGCAGCCCCAAGACGAUCAGCAGUGGCUAGUCACUUGUAUUUCACAAUAUCUUGGAUUUUCUGGGAGCAAACCUGUUGCAGCUCUCCUUAUAUACCAAUGUCUUCUCCAUUGGAAAUCAUUUGAAGCCAUGAAGACGGGUGUCUUUGAUAGCAUUUUGCAUGCUAUAAACUCAGCCACAGAGGUUCAAAAUGACAUGAGAACAUUGGCGUAUUGGUUGUCCAACUUAUCUACAUUAACAGUUUUCCUUCAACGGUCAUUCAAAACUACUAGGACCACAAUCUCAACUCCACAAAGGAGAAGAUUUUCGUCCGAGAGGAUGUUUGGAAAUCAAACUUCAAAUGCUGGGCUUGCUUAUCUCAGUGGUCAAUCAGUUGGAUCUGCUGGAUUGCUCCAAGUUGAAGCAAAGUAUCCUGCUUUGCUAUUCAAACAGCAGCUCGUGGAUUUAAUUGAAAAGGUUUAUGGCAUGAUAAGUGACAGCGUGAAGAAGGAACUAAACCCUUUGCUUGAAUUGUGUAUACAGGAUCCACAAACUUCUCAGUCAAGUAUUGCAAAAGGUAAUCUUAAUGGCAUGGGUCAACAGAACCAACUCACACAUUGGCUGGGCAUAGUGAAAAUCCUCACUAGCUACUUGGAUGUACUAAGGGAAAAUCACGUUCCCUCAAUUCUGGUGCAUAAACUUUUCACUCAAAUGUUCUCACUUAUUGAUGUUCAAUUAUUUAACCGAUUACUUUUGCGGCGUGAGUGCUGUUCUUUUAGUAACGGGGAAUAUAUCAGAGCUGGACUAGCUGAACUAAAACAUUGGUCCGACAAUGCUACAAGAGAGUUUGCAGGUUCAGCGUGGGAGGCAUUGAGGCAUAUUAGACAAGCUGUUGAUUUCCUGGUGAUUUCUCUUAAGCCAAUGAGGACAUUAAGAGAGAUACGCACUGAUGUGUGCCCUGCCCUCAGUAUACAACAGCUAGAGCGAAUAGUUAGUAUGUACUGGGAUGAUGUGAAUGGUACAAACACUAUUUCAGCAGAGUUUACAUCAAGCUUGAAAUCUGCCAUACGUGAUGAAUCCAAUAUGGCCACAAAUUUCUCUAUACUGCUAGAUGAUGAUUCCAGUAUACCUUUUUCACUUGAUGAUAUUACAAAGACAUUGCCGGUCAUUGAGCUGGCUGAUGACGACUUUCUGCCAUUUGUCCAUGAAAACCCAAGCUUUGCGUUUUUAUUGCAAAGAGGGGAGUAGUCUUUUUUUUUUGUCACCAUUGUGACUUCACCUACCUGUGGAUAAGUCAGGAUUCCUGCUAGGAUGUACAGUACGCGUGAUUCUUUUUGUACCAGGUAGCAAGGCAUCAAAGAUUAGAUGCUAGGUGAGCUUAUAGGCUUCUGGUUUCUAUUGAUUUGUUUGUUGGUUGUAUAUUUGUAUUCAGGUUUUCCUUGCCAUUUUUUCUACUUGUAGCCGUUUUUUGGGCUUGUAUACUAGGUGGUAAGGGCAGAAGACCCUGCCCUGUAAGCAUAGUUACACAAGGUCUUGCUGUAGGUAUGGAAGCUGUACAUGUGUUGUAACGGAUUAUAAAAGGGGGAAAGUAGUGCGUAGUGAUGGCUUUGUGGUUGGUGUGUUGCUUACCUUUGAUCAAUGAUCAUGUAUUGGUUCGUCAUAUAUUGUUUAUUGUACUGCACACCAUUCCAUUGUAGAUAACAUACACGCUCAAGACUUGUUCUGGGAUGUCAAAUGAGUAAUCUGUUACGGUACAGAAA